AUGGCGGAGACUACAUACUCGGAUCGCACCAUCCCCAAGAUUUCGCUCCACGACUUCGACAGUCGCAUAGACGAGAUCACCGCCCAAUUGGUAGCAGCUGCGGAGGCAGAUGGCUUCUUCGCAGUGAUCAACCACGGGAUCUCGGUGGACGAGAUAGAGGCCCAGUUUGACGCCGCCGGGCGCUUCUUCUCUCUGCCGGACGAGGUCAAAGCUACGGUUCCUUUCUCGCACCGCAACACUGGCUGGGAGAAGGCCAAGCAGAUCCGGCCCAGUACCGGCAAGGCCGACCAAAAGGAGUCGUACCAGAUGCAGUUUGGCAAGAUGAUGGAGGGCAUGUGGCUCUCAGAAGAGACACUGCCCGGUUUCCGCGAACAGAGUCUAGGGUUUAUGCGCAAAGCCCAGGCCGUCUCUGAGAAGAUGAUGAUCUGUUUUGCCAGAGGACUGGGCUUCCCUGACGAUUAUUUCGUUAAGGCGCAUGAUGUAUCGAACCCAAAUAUCCAAACCGUGCUGAGGGCUCUGCACUACUUUGCCGUUGACCCUACGGUACCGACGCCGGAAGGAUACUAUCGGGCCGGUGCACACGCGGAUUGGGAUUUCCUGACGCUAUUAUUCCAGCGCCCUGGCCAGAGCGGCUUAGAGAUCUGUCCCGGCCGGGAGGUUUUCACAGCAUUCGGUCUGGGGGAUACUUGGACCAAGGUCGAGCCUACUGCUGGUGAGAUCGUCUGCAACAUCGGCGACCUUCUGAUGUCCUGGAGCGAUGACAGAUUCAAGUCCACCUUCCAUCGCGUCAAGACACCGACAGACCCAGCGGUUGACUACUAUGGGCCGAGGUACAGCCUGGCGUAUUUCAAUCAGCCCAAUACAGACUGCCAAAUACAGGGCCCACUGAAGAAAUACCCCAUGGUGACGGGCUCCCAGUUCACCGAGGCCGCCAUGAAGAGGAAUUUCGCGGCUCUCGAGGCUAAGAAGGCGGCCAACAAGUUGGAAGAAAUGAAGAGCGGAUUGGUCCAGGCCGGACGCUGA